AUGACCGACUACGAAGAGGCCGAUACCCAUAGAGCUGAUGAAUAUCGCGAGGGUGGUGAAAGAUCUUUAAGUCCUGAAGCUGCUUACGACAGAAGAUCUGACUCUCCCAGACGUGAGGACAGGGAUGAUCCUGAACCCCGUGACUCUCAGCAAGGCCCAAGAGCUGAGGAAGAAGAUGACCCCCGCAAUGAAGGGACUAACUUGUUUGUUACCGGCAUCUCUAAGACUAUCGAUGAGGACGAGCUUCGUUCUGUUUUUGCCAAAUUUGGUACUGUCGACAAGUGCCAAAUUAUGAUGGAUCCUCAUACAAAGGAAUCUCGUGGUUUUGGCUUUGUCAACAUGGUUGAUGUCACUGAUGCUGACAAGGCCAUUGAGGAGCUUACCGGCCAUACCAUUGCCGGCCGCACUCUUUCAGUUGAAAAGGCUCGCCGGAAAAGACCUCGUACGCCCACUCCUGGUAAGUAUUACGGCCCUCGCAAGGCCCGCCGCGGAGGAGGUAGACCUCGCUUUGAUGACAGAUACAGAAGAGAUUAUCCUCGUUACGAGGACCGUCGUUACGAUGACCGUCCCUCCCGUUACGAUGACCCUUACCGCCGUCCCAGAUAUGAUGACCGUGAAAGAUACUAUCGUGACCGUGAAAGAGGAGGUGACCGUUAUCGUAUGGACGACCGUGAAAGAUACCCUCCUCGCGAUAAUAGAGACCGCUAUGAGCGCCGCUACUCUCGUGAAGAGCACCGCUUCCCUCCUAGAGACGACAGACUUCCUCCUCGCGAUGACAGACUCCCUCCCCGUGACGAUCGUCUCCCUCCUCGCGAUAUGCGCGAAGAAAGACCUUACAGAGAUGAGCGUGAGAGAUAUCCUGGCCCUCCACCCCCUGUUUCUGACUCUUACCGUGAGCGUGAAGACUACCAUUAG